AUGAAUAACGCUAAUCUUAGUAAUAAUCAUAAUCCAUCAUCUGAAGACGUUCACCAAGUUCAUGAAUUAAUGAACAAUGAGGCAUUUUGCGAGUUGAACACUAUGUCUGAAUUGAAUAAAACUAAUACACCAUGCACAUUAUCAUUCGCAUAUUCCUCAUCCAUAAUGAAGACAACCACAUUCAACAAUGAAGAUGCAUACGGUUCAUUUUCAACUAUAAGAUCAAAAAGUACUCCAAUGGUGUCAACAGCUACAAUAUGUACAUCUUGUUCCACUGUCUCAUCUUCGUGUUGUAGUCCAUCAUCAACAUCGUUUAACAAUCCUUUGAACAGAACAACUCUGUCCGCAGAUUUCCUUUUAAACUCAGGCUAUAAAUUUCCCUACGACGAGUUUACUCAUCACUACCGUUACAAUCAAGCAUUUUCAUCUGCAUUCAAUAAUUGCAGCACAAAUCAGAAACUUCCAGUAGAUCAGAUUCCACGUGAUCAGUAUAACACAGAUGUUCAGUAUUCAAAAAGUAAAUAUCAGAAAAUAUGGGAACAAUCAAAUGAAACUUUACAGGACACUUGUUUCAAUCAUUAUAAUAUAAACGACAGUGGUCAUUUUGGUACUAUUGAUCCAUUGGACAAAUUACAAGCUUGGCUUAAGAGUCCGUUUGAAGAAUGUGAUAUGAAAUGGAAUUCACAGUUCCUAGGGAAUACAAUAAAACUUUCAAAAAGCGCACUGUCUGCAAACUGUGGAUCGACACUUACGUCAGCAGCAACAACAAAAAAUAUGUUCAGUGAAUUAUCAGCGUCAUCAACUCCAUCCAGCAUAACCAGUCUCAUUAACAGUAAAUCCAUCAGCAAUAAUAUGGGGCAUUUCAAUGCUCAUGAACCAGAGCAGUACCAACACCAACAGCCACAGCAAGACACAUUUAUCGAAUCAAAUAAUGCUCUUGCUGCGUACAACUUUACAAAACCAUCCAGUGACUACUUAAACACAAAUAUAAGUAAGCAAAAGUUAAACGCUGAAGAAAAAAGCAAACUUCCAGAAAAGCCUGAUUCUCACAAACGUACAGUCAAAUAUAAUGGACAUAUUAAAAAGCCAUUAAAUGCAUUUAUGCUGUUCAUGAAAGAGAUGCGUGCCCAAGUGAUUGCUGAGUGUACACUGAAGGAAUCUGCAGCAAUCAACCAAAUCCUCGGUCGAAAAUGGCAUGCAUUAUCACGUGAAGCUCAAGCGAAAUACUAUAAACUAGCUAAACAGGAAAAGGAGAUUCAUCAGCGUCUCUAUCCUGGUUGGUCAGCCAGAGAUAAUUAUGCAACACAGGUUAGACGUCGUGGUCGCGCUACAAAACUUAACCGGAGUACAACUUCAAUAACAACUAUUGGUAACAAUAAUAAUAAUAACGUUGACAAUACAAGUGGUAACAGUAACAAUGAGAAAAUCUAUCCAGUACAUUCAUUUCCUGACUCAGAGUUUUGGUAUUCGAGUGACAAUAACAGAAGAAAUAACAGUAAUAAUAGUGGUAGUAGUAAUAGUAAUAUCAGUAGUGCUUUCACACAUCAGUUCUCAGAUUCACAUUUACUACAAUCAUCAAAUUCAAAUUUAGUCCAAACGUAUGCCUCCUCCUCAACAACACCGUAUGACUUAAUCGGUUCAAACAUUCCAUUGAGCAAAAUCAACACACCUUCAACACCAAAUUACGAUCAAUCAUAUAACUUUGAUCAAUUAACUAAAUUAUCGCUAUCGCGGUCCAAUUAUUGUUUGAAUUAUCGUCAUUUGUUGUCGUCAAAUAUAGCGAAUAAUGCAAAGGAAUUGAAUUCUCUUCAAUCAUUUAAUGAAAACCAUCACUGUCAGCUACAGUCUACUCAUAGACCAAUAAAAUCUAACUACACACUGAAUUCCUUAACAGAUCUUAACUAUGAACCCACAGUUCAUACAGAUGACAGUUCAAAGCAUCAAGGUGUAUUGUCAAUAUACGAAAACAAGUAUGAUGAUAAAAACCCUCUCACAUUAAUAAACUCCACAGUACAUCAGGUAGACAUGAGUUCGAACCCCUCCUAUCCUACAUAUCAAGUCAACUAUACUAACGAAAGAAAUAACACAUCAUUUCAAUUAUGGCAAGAUCAAGAAACCAAUAGCCAUCAAGAUAUCCAUCAGUAUUCAUGCUGUCCAACUUCUUACGCGGGAUUUCAUCCAUCGAAUGAUUCUUUUCCACCUAGAUUUACUGACCCUGUACAGCAUUACAAUUUUAAGUCAGAUAUAUCUGGGUUUGAAUCAUCCUCGGAAAUUCAACAGCAUACUGCUUACUUCCCAAACAUUGCAUGCUUACAAGGUCAUCAUCAAAGUACGGAAUUUAUGAAGUAUCUUCAAGCAAAUCCUUAUAUGGCGUUAUAUGAAACGCAACUUGAGUCUGGUUCAAAUGUCUCUCUGUCGUCAUGUCAGAUAAAAAGCUAUGACACAUUCAUGCCUUCAGUGGAACCAUCUUUUACAAUGAAUGUUGACCGGCUAAAUUCAAAAUUAAUUGAUCACAAAUACAUUCAACAUUGUUUUGACAACGAAUCACUGCAUAAACAGACCACAAAAGUAUUUACACACAACUCACCGAACGAAUCACCACUGCUUUAA